AUGGGCUCACAUUUCAUCUCAAAAUCCCGCCCGAAUCAAACCCACCCCCUACACGCUACCCCUCCUGCAACUACUCUCUACUCCCGCCCAAACCCAGUCACUUCCUCUCAAACCCAGUCACUUCCUCUACCAUGGCUCAUGGCUCAACACUACCCAGAAACCUUACACUGCUACCCACACCCCUCUCAUUCCUCUGUCAUGGCUCAGCGGCAGCACGCAGCGGCGAUCAACACAACGGCACACAACAGUGGCUCACCAAGCUCAGCCCAGGUACCUCCCUCUCCCCCUCUCUUUCGUUGUGAUUCCUCUGCCAUGGCUCAUGAACACAAAAGCCAAGCAGUGUUAAUAGAUGAAAUUGGACAAAAUGUGUUGGCCCAAACCAAUUACCUUCCAGUUACAGCAGUAUCACUCGAACCCAUCAUUCGAACCUUUGAUGUUUAG